AUGGUAACAAUUUUCAUUUUAUAUUUGCUUCUGGAAAAAAGACCAGAACCUGAUAUCACUGCCGUCACUCAAGACUUUGCAUCUGAUCCAGUCCGUCCAGGAGACUCAGUGACUCUGCAGUGUUCAGUCCUCUCUGACUCUGAGAAGAAAACAUGUUCAGAAGAACACAGAGUUUAUUGGUUCAGAGCCACAUCAGAUGAAUCUCAUCCCAGUUUCAUUUAUGCCCAAGUAAACAGUAGUGAUGGAUGUGAGAAGAGUCCUGAAGCUCACUCUCCACAGAAAUGUAUCUACAGCUUCUCUAAGGACGUCAGCUCCUCUGAUGCCGGGACUUAUUACUGUGCUGUGGCCACAUGUGGAGAGAUAUUAUUUGGAAAUGGAACAAAAGUGGACAUUAAAGAGCUCAACAUGUGGGAUCUGCAGAAGGCCAACACACCUCUGUUUCUGUUAUUUGCGGCUUUGGCUUUAAGUCUGACUGUUAUUGCCUUCCUGAUUUAUACCAUCAAGAAGAAAACUUGUUAUCGUUGCAAUGAGGUUAGAACUGGUGCUGCCAUUGGCCACCAGCCUGCUGUGACCGAUGACUUAGAGCUGCUGUGGCUGACGACCGCAGGUCUGUUCCUGGAGCCACUGCCCCCUCUACCCCUGGCGAAGCAGUCCACAGCUGCAGGGAGCGAGGAGGAGGUUGGAAAGAUGGUUGAUUUUAUUUCCACUGUGGUGAUACACUGCAGCUACAAGUGGAUUAACAUGAAAAUGGUGAUCAUAUUUUAUUUGCUGCUGAUGCUCAGAGUGGGACGAUGCACAGACGAUCACGUCUUUGAAACGACAACUGUUGAAGUUGGAGAUGAUGUGACUUUAAAUUGUACUCGCCAGACAUCUGAGUACGAUGAUACCCUCUUUUGGAUCAGGCUUGUUUCUGGAAAACAACCUGAAUUCUUGGGAGGAACAUAUGCCUUUGAUUAUGAAGAUGUUAACAAGACUCCUCACAUUACAGCAAAACAAGAGCCUGGAUCAUUUAUUCUGCAUAUUCAUGAGACAAAGCUGAGUGAUACUGGACUUUACUACUGUUUAAAAGUAAAUCUACUGGACAUGACAUUUUCCAAAUCAACACUUCUGAGAGUUAAAGGACCAGAACCUGAUAUCACUGCCGUCACUCAAGACUUUCCAUCUGAUCCAGUCCGUCCAGGAGACUCAGUGACUCUGCAGUGUUCAGUCCUCUCUGACUCUGAGAAGAAAACAUGUUCAGAAGAACACAGAGUUUAUUGGUUCAGAGCCGCAUCAGAUGAAUCUCAUCCAAAUUUGAUUUACAGUCAUGGAGACAGUGAUGGAUGUGAGAAGAGUCCUGAAGCUGGAUCUUCACAGAAAUGUAUCUACAGCUUCUCUAAGAACAUCAGCUCUGAUGCCGGGACUUAUUACUGUGCUGUGGCCACAUGUGGGGAGAUAUUAUUUGGAAAUGGAGCAAAAGUGGACAUUCAAGAGCUCAACAUGUGGGAUCUGCAGAAGGCCAACAUACUUCUGUUUCUGUUAUUUGCUGCUUUGGCUUUAAGUCUGACUGUUAUUGCCUUCCUGAUUUAUACCAUCAAGAAGAAAAGUUGUUAUUGCAAUGCUGCCGUCACUCUGCAAACAAAUGCUGCAAGUCAGCAGAGAGACGAGGACUCGUUGGCUUAUUCUACACCGACCUUCACCAAGAGGAAAACUGGCCGAGCAGACAGAAGGAAUGUAAAAGCAGCAGAGGGAGAGACAACCUACGCUGAUGUCAGGACCUUAGUGAAAAAUUAA